CCUUCACGGGCUGUCGAGCGAGGAGCUCGUGAACGUCUCCUCCUACUUCGGGGGCUGCCGCGUCCUGGGGAGGCACGCCGUGCACCCCGAGGCGGCCCACGAGGACGACGUCCUGCGGCUCUCCAACCGGGAGGAGCACGGCAUCCAGAACGUGGGCGGGCAGUGGCACACGACGGCAGCUUCGAGCGCCGCGUCUUCAGCCAUGUGCUCUUCCACCCCCAGGUCAUUCCGCAGGCUGGCGGGGAGACCGAGAUCGCCGAUCUGUCUGCCGCCUACGCGUCGCUGCCGCAGGACGUGAGACUGGAGUGGGCAAGUCUCGCCUCUGUGAACGCGUACUCGGGCGCGGUGCACCCCCUCGUCCAUCUGCAUCCUGUGUCGAGAAGGCCCGUGAUGUUUCUGCACCUGGGCCAGACGGGAGCCGUCAUCCGCUGGCCUGCCGAGUCGCGCCCUGCCGGCAGCGCUGCGUGCAGAGAUUGGUCGAGCCUGGAGGCAAUGGAUCCAGCAGCUGGGCAGGGGCUGGCAGAGGCCGGGCUGCGGCUCCUGAACGAGACGGAGCUGGUCUCCCUCCUCGGCAGGUACAACGAGCUCCUGAGUCGCUCCGAGCACCACAUCAGAUACCGAUGCUCGAAGAAGAAAGAGCUGCGUAAACAAACCGUCGGAGCUCGGCGCGGAUUUCUCGGAUCGGCGCCGGGGCCCCCCUGGCGGCGCCUCCAGCGCCGCUCCGCGCGCCAGGGAGGCGGGGGGUGCAGCGCCGGUCCAGGAAGUCCGCGCAGGCAUCCGACAACUGAGGAUUGUGCAGUUGUUUUUUCUUCCAGAUACAGGCCAGGAGACCUCCUGAUCCUGGACAACCUCGCCGUGGCGCACCGCGCGUCCCAGUCUGCCCACAGCACGGCGGGAGGGACGCGGAUUCUACACAGGACCACCGUUGCAGGCGUGCGGCCGGUCGAUGCCGGGCCCUCGAGCGGGCUGCCGCCUUUUCUGCACAUCUUCGGAGCCACGCCGUUCCAAGACGGCGGCGUGUGGCAGUCGUCUGACUACUACGGUGCGGGUUUCAAGUGGAACCGGACACUUCUGCUGCGCAACUGAGCGUGCGCGGAAAGGUCUGCAUCUCGUCGUGGAAGCGUGCGAAGUGUAGACGGCGAGGGGGAAGUGCCACGGUGGCCAGCGAAGUCGCCGACGCGUGGACGUGCAACGGGGCGGGGCGGGCAGGUAGGGUGCGACUUCGGGGUUGGAGACGGGGGCGUGAUGCUCCUGUGCCCAGACCUCCAACCUGUUACAAACAACGACGCGUUUUGUCUGUCAUCUUCGGCACUUUUUGAGGGCUGGAGCCGUCAACAAUCAAGCAUCUUGUCUCCAGGGUAAUCAGCAUCAAGAGGUCUGGGGGCCGCACGAUGAAAGUGCCACGGCCUCGGAGGUCUGGAUUUGAGGCCACCACCGCCAGCAAAUCACAGUUUCGCGUUUCGUGCUGCGGAUUCCUCCUCCUCCUCCUCCCCCUCCUCCUCCUCCUCCUUCCCGUCCUCACCGU